CUAGGCAUCCCAUGGCCAGCCGCCCAGGAUGCCGAAGGGGCAGAACGCGACCUGUAUGACUGCAAGAGGCUCCCACCAGUGGAGCCUUCAGUGGCGUAUCACCUUCACCCUAACCACAGGGCAAUCUCAGCUUCUUAUAGCAUUUCUUUGCCCAACAAGAUGGAUCGCCUCACGGCAUCUAUUUAUCAAAGGAUGUACAAAUAUGCUGCACAGUCAGUAUGCUCGCUUUGCAGUCACACUGCUAUCAGCAUAUCAGGCAGAAAUUCUGGAAGACAUGGGCCAUCAGCUUGACUCAGGUUCCCCGAACCCAGCCCUCUGGGAUGAAAUCUGCGUGGUUAAUGAUCUCAUUCUUCGCUCCUCCAGGGGAGCAGUCCAAGGGUGUGGCCGCGUUGUGGGCCUUGCAGUCUCCGGUGAGAGAGCCUUGUGGCUAAACCUGUCAGGCCUAGGUGAUGCUCAGAAGGCUGAGGUCAUGGAUGCAGCCUAUGACCCAACCAAGGGUCUCUUUGGCCCAGCCCUGGAGAGAAUGAGAGAAACAAGCACCCGCAGAAAGCAGGAGGGAGAAGCAUUCAACCUCUGCUUACCCAGAAAACCUAACUCUCAGCCCCAGCAGGUGCCAAGAGCUGGCUUUGCCGCAACAGCAGCAGCUGUGAGAGGGAGACAGAGUGGAGUCAGAAUGCAGAGAGGAGCAGGAGGCCCGCAGUCUGCCCACCAGGCCAAGGUAGAGAACCAAAGACCUUGGGGCAAGCAUUCCUUUGCAGCAGCUGCUGCAAAGAACAAGCCGUCACACCCCGGAGAGGGGAAAAAGAAGCGGUCAGCCUAGCACACCUGCAAC